AUGCUCGAACCAGAAGGUCGAAGACAACAUGUUCCCACACCCGAGCUUCAUACCUACCGUGCAGCUGAUCGUUGCUUCACACCAGCAGUGAUACUUUCGAACGAGUACAAGUCCCCACUUCCAAGAAAUCCGCUAAAUGAAGGCACCAUGCCUACACACCGGAAGCGGGCAUUGACUGGAGACACGGACAAUAAAGAGGGUCUCGAGGAGUCACCUGCUACACUCCGCAGUGCUCGCGUUGCAGAGUGGACCGCGAUAAUCACCGAACCGAAGGAAACUCAGACUGGUAUAUUCAUUUGGCAUGAAACUUCUUCCAUGAAGCCGUUGCCAAUAUCAGCAGCAGCACCCGAACAGCUAAACCCAACUUCUACGCCCCCAUCUCCAUUUGUUAGGGAUUCUCAACGCCAUGUCACCCAAGCCCAAUCAAGCUCCCCUCUAUACAAUAUGGAAGUUCCUCCCCAGAACCGACCUCUGGCACUGGUUCCUCUCCGGCUGACGCCGACACUUAACCCGUUAAUGCGGGGGACAAUAUCGAGAACCAAAACGCUGUCCGUGCCAUGGCUGAGAUAUGAGAUCAUAUUCGAUGCCUCCUCUUGGUAG